AUGAACGUGCUGAAGCUUCAAAGAAAGUUCCCGCAGCUGGACCAAGGCGAGAUCUUCUCACUCCAAGAUGCAUUCAGAAAACUGGACGUGGACGAGAAGGGCUACUUGGACGAAGCCACCGUGAUCAAGGCCACUCAACAAUCGGAGCGCCAACCCUAUGAUGUCGUCCGUCAGACGCUGAAGGAGGUCGACCUCGACAGCUCUCGUCGUGUGGAGCUGGAGGAUUAUGUCGAUGUCAGCAGCUCCGGCACUCCGAGUGCUGCCCCCGUGCUUCCUGGGAAUGGCGCUGGCGCUUCCAGACAUGUUUCCAAAGGCAGCAUAGGCGGUAGAAUUCACGUACAAGGCUCUUCGGCGAACGUGACCCAUACAAUCAACGAGGAUGAGAGAACCGAGUUUACGAGGCACAUCAAUGCCGUUCUCGCGGGCGAUCCAGAUAUCGGUCACAUUCUCCCAUUCCCUACCGACACGUUCGAGAUGUUUGAUCAGUGCAAGGAUGGGUUGGUUCUGGCGAAACUGAUCAAUGACAGCGUCCCUGAUACAAUUGAUGAGCGUGUCUUGAACAAACCCGGAAAGAAGAUCAAGGAGUUGAAUGCCUUCCAUAUGACCGAGAACAACAACAUUGUGAUCAACUCUGCCAAGGGUAUUGGGUGUUCAGUAGUGAACAUUGGCAGUGGCGAUAUCAUCGAAGUGCGCGAACAUCUCAUCCUCGGUCUUAUCUGGCAGAUUAUUCGCCGCGGUCUCUUGGGGAAGAUUGACAUCAAACUUCACCCUGAACUCUAUAGACUUCUGGAAGAGGACGAGACCCUGGAACAGUUCCUCCGCCUUCCCCCGGAGCAGAUCCUACUCCGUUGGUUCAAUUAUCACUUGAAGAAUGCCAAGUGGCAUAGACAGGUGACGAACUUUUCUUCCGAUGUGAAGGACGGGGAAAAUUACACUGUUCUCCUCAGUCAACUAGCACCUGAGCUCUGCUCGCGGGCUCCACUGCAGACCAGAGACCUCCACCAGCGUGCCGAGGAGGUCCUCGUGAACGCAGACAAAGUGGGAUGCCGGAAGUUCUUGACUCCCUCCUCGCUUGUUGCUGGAAACCCUAAGCUCAAUCUCGCCUUUGUGGCCAAUCUGUUCAACACGAUCCCGGGUCUUGAUCCGAUUACCGAGGAAGAGAAGCUUGAGGUGGAGGACUUCGACGCGGAGGGCGAGCGUGAAGCCCGCGUGUUCACUCUCUGGCUGAACUCGCUAGAUGUGCAGCCGGCUGUCAACUCUCUCUUCGACGAUCUUCGAGAUGGAACUAUCUUGCUGCAAGCGUAUGACAAGGUGAUUCCUGGAAGCGUCAACUGGAGGCAUGUGAAUAAGCCACCGGCGUCUGGUGGGGAGAUGAUGCGCUUUAAGGCAGUGGAGAAUACGAACUACACUAUCGAGCUCGGAAAGCAUAUCGGGUUCUCCCUUGUCGGUGUACAGGGAGCGGAUAUCACAGAUGGCCAACGUACCCUCACCCUGGGUCUGGUGUGGCAGUUAAUGCGCAGAGAUAUCACAAAUACUCUCUCCUCUCUGGCGCAAAGAAUGGGCAAGCGUGAGAUUACUGACGCAGAAAUGAUCAAAUGGGCCAACGAUAUGUCUCGGAAGGGCGGUCGUACCUCGAGCAUUCGCAGCUUCAAGGACCAGUCCAUUGGUUCUGGUCUCUUCCUUCUUGAUGUCCUUAACGGCAUGAAGAGUAGCUAUGUGGACUAUGAGCUCGUGACGCCCGGCCGCACCGACGAAGAAGCAUAUGCCAACGCCAAGUUGAGUAUCAGCAUAGCCAGAAAGCUGGGAGCAACCAUUUGGUUGGUCCCCGAGGAUAUUUGCCAGGUUCGCUCUCGUCUGGUGACCACGUUUAUUGGUGAGUUCCCCGGUUAUACCCAAUACUUUUUUACGGGCCCACAUAUACUGACUCCGGUGUUCUAG